AUUGGUCUAUUCGUUCACUGACGCUGUUCUAAACUUUUCCAGCCCCCUUCAUCUUCAAUCCUCUUAUCCUUUUGUUGCUAAAUAAAGGUAGAAGAGAUCAUCGGGUUUUGCUUUUCAAUCGGCGACGGCUGUUUUCUGAGCGGUAAUGGACGUAAUGUCGCGGCGAACCACAUCUUCCUUGAAUCCAAACGCUCCAUUGUUCGUUCCAUGGGCUUAUCGGACGGUGGAAGAUUUUUCCGACCAAUGGUGGGAACUGGUCCAGACUUCUCCUUGGUUUCGCGAUUACUGGCUCCAGGAGUGCUUCCAAGAACCUUCCCAAAACGGCGACCUUGAUUGUCCCCAUUACGACGGCGAUGAGCCUUUCCUCCCCGAAAUCGAUUUUCUCUUCGAUGGCUACGGCGGCCAGCAGGAGGAUGAACAAGAGAAGAACUAUUACAGGGAUCUUGUUUCGUUGGGAGCCUUGAAGUGGCGUAGGCCUCGAGGAUCCUCAGAUAUUCCCAAGUACUCAGAGAAAGCCCCUAAGAUUGUGAAUGUGAAGGUCAACCCUCGCCCAAUUCAACAGCCGAGGUAGAGAGAGAGUCGGUUUCCGGCAUGGUUUGUUUGUCGGAACGAGAGAGGGGCAGGCAACAGACUUAUGAAAUCAAGUGUAGUUACGUUGUUGUUUUUGUUCAUCCGUCUCCUUUUUUCUUCUUCUUUCUGUAAAGAGAAGUUGCUUACUUUUAGUUUUCAGAGUUUCUUUGUUCUUCGUUGUCGUUUGUAGUUUCUUGUAAAUUUACCAAAAAACAAAAAAACAUUUUCCGCUUAUGAGAAGAGAGAAUUGUCUGGUCGCUCUUCUUACUUUGAUUCA